AACGGCCAUUGCGUGUGUUGUGCGAUGACGCGGUGGUCAGGUGUUGCCUCAUAUAACGAGGGGAGCUGUCCAAGUGCUGAAAACAGAAGCGAACAGCCCCGCUCCAGAAGAGAUGCCAUACACCUUCACUGCUGUCUGAGCUUCAUUGCCAAAGGUAACAAAUAGCCUAUAAUGCUGCAUUUCCACCACAAGUUGCCCGCGGGGGGAGCCGUGGUCCUGCUCGCCUUCCUCCUCCAUGGAUGCGCCGUGCAGGCUGCGUCUCUCCCCCGCCACUACAGGCUCCCAGGCGGGGAGAGUGAGGGGCAGCCGGCUGCCUACCCGCCCAGCUCCGACAUGAUCAAAGCCCUGGAGUACAUUGAGAACCUGAAGCAGCGUAACGGGGGCCGAGCUGAACCCGUGGAUUACGACGAAGUGGACAAGUUCAGGGUCCUGCUUCAGCUCGCCUCGCAGCAGGACGAGGGUCCCGGGGACCGUCAGCCUGCCCCCGGCAUGCAGAGGCAGGACAUUACCGCUGAGCAGCUGAUGAAAGCCCUGCUCAAGUCUCUCCAGGAUCAGGCCGGGAAAGACGCAAAGCUCACCCCCGCAUCGGCGCCCAGGAACGACCGCCGCACGCACAGGCACCGCACCAAAGACACUGAAGUCCCCGAGAGCGCACCGGUAGACUACGGCAAUUUCCCCAGACCCCACAAGAAAUACCCGCUGAUGUUUGAGGAUGAGGAGAACACGGACGCUUCCAAACGGGCCACAGAGGACCUGGAUGAGCAGUACACACCCCAGAGCCUUGCCAAUUUACGCUCCAUCUUUGAAGAGCUUGGGAGGAUGCCCACAGUCGCCGGCCAGAAGAGAGACAUGUUCGGGGACGACGAUGAUGAGGAAGAGGACGGGUUCGGCCUGAGAAACCAGGCCUACGAGGAUGUUGCCGGAGGAGAGGAGUGGGUCCCCGUGGAGGAGAGGGAGGAGACGGAGGAGAUGGUCAACGGGAGCCACGAAGAAACGGAUAGGGCGCUCGGGGACCAGGAGGAAGCAGAAAGGGAGGAGAUGCAACGCCGGGCGAGCCAGAACCAAGAGGAUGCUGAUGAUGACACUAAACUGGUAGAUUACUACCUGUUGAAGGUCCUGGAGAUGAGCGACCAGACGCAGAAGAGAGAUAAGACCGGAGAGCAGAGAAAGAGACUGAUCCGCCCCUCCAUCAUGGAUCCUCGGACAGUGAAGGAGUUGCUGGAGCUCUCCCUAAAGCUCCACGUCCCUCCACAGGACCUUAUCGAUAUGCUGCUCACAGAGGAGCUCAGGAAGCUCCACCGCGCUCCCCAUGCCUCAGCUCGCUACACGACCGGCCAGACACCCAAGAUCAGGUACUUCAGCCGCAGACUGCCGGUGAAGAGCAAGACCGCCCCUGAGGACAUGGACAGAGAGGACUUUUUAGACAUCAUCGGCGUGGAGACUAUCAGUAACGAGUAUCCUGUGGUGCAGAGACCCCUGAAGACGUCUGCCUCCUCUGACAGAGUCCCAGUGGCGUCCAAACCGGUUGCAAAUCCGGGUCCAGUUAAAAUCCCUCCUCCCUCCGGGCGCAGGGAGAACCUCUUUUUAUCCGAGCUCAACAAAAUGCCCCUGAAACGUCAGGCUGAUGAUGAAGAUGAUGAUGGCGGCGAUGUGGAAGAUGAGGUGACGACCUACCUGGCGGCUAAAAUCCUCACAGAGUACCCCAACACCAUCACCAAGCGGGACACCCAGGCGCAACUGAAGGGACAGUUCCCCUACGAGCUGUACGAGCGGGCCCUGAAGGACUACUUGGGGCAAGGGGACACUGAAAAGAGGCCAGUGGCCAAGAGGGAAACCGAGGUGGCCACAGAGGAGAACGUUAAUCCCACAGAGAUGGAGGGGAAAGAGGAGAUAACGGCCAAGACCUCGGCUCCACAGACCGUAAAUGAAGAAGAGGAGAAGGAGCACCGUGAAAAAACAGUGGCUGGGAUGUAGCCUGAUGCCCUGCAAGACGCACGAAAUUAUGAAUAUAGUAUUUAUACUGUCUCAAAAAUAAAGUUUGGUGGACGUGAUCUAGUUUACAAAAUUUCUAUUAUAUGAACAAUAGCUGGUAUUACUAAUAUCACCCUAACGAAAAUGAACUAUAGAAGUCUUACAGGUCCGAUGCAUUUUUAAAAAAUACUAGUCCCUACUUGCUGCAAGAACAUCAUAGAAAAAUUAUAGCGAUAUCAUAGGAGAUUAAAGGUUCGACCGUGCAAAUGAGAAAAAAAAAGGUAUCUUCAAAUCGCCAAAAAAUACACUGACCAACAUUAAAAUCACAAUGAAAUCCAGUUAUUAAAGUUUUGUGAUGUUGUUACAGGUUUGUUUACAUUAAUGGUGUUUGUAAACAGCAGAAAACAGUCCUAUAUUUUCAAUUAUAAUCAACCGAGUAAUGGUAAAAACGCUUAUUUUUCAUCUAUGUUAAUUACAUAUGUGAAUAUAUCUGUAAAUUACAAAGUAUAAUGCUGACUGGGCCUUUGAAACACAAGUAUACAGCAGGAGUACUAUAUAGGAAUAUUUAUAGGGAUUUUUCGUUAGGGCAGUUUGCUGGGCUGAGAACGAGUGUUGUUGUGACUCUUGCUAUAUUCAGGGUUAGUGGAUUUAAUGUUAUUAUUAUGGAUAAUUAUUUCCAAGUCUAAAUAUCAGACCGUCGCCUGCCUUCCAACCCUUUCAUACUGCGAAGCUCUGUAUUGUUGGCCUACCAGUGGUUGUGCUAUGUAUGCUCAUUUUUAAACCAUUUUGUACAUGUUCAAUAAUGUGUGACGAAUCACAGAUGAAUAAAGCAUCAGCUGUA